AUGUCUUUGCUGAGGCACUUAAGUGACACAAACCUUCAAGACGGAAACAAUGUUCGGGGUUAUCAACAUUCAUCCCCAUUGACCAUAGACACAAGUGGGCAAUACAGUCCUGCUGCUAUUCUCGCAUCAGCUCUUAUCAAUGGACUACAAUAUGAAGCAUCCGUGCUAGCAAUACCAAUUUCAGAAUUACACCACCUUGAUGACCCCACAGAAGAAUCCAAAGAAGAUCUCAACAAUGUUGACCAAAAUCAACAUAUUUCAAUUCCAAAACCAGAGCAAUUCCGAAAGCUAGAACUGAAGCUAGAUUUGACUCCUAUGCUAAAUGAAGACUGGACAAUGGGUGAGGAUGAUGAGCUCUACUCGUUACCUGCUAUAUCCCCACAAUGGUUCAGUCCAGAUGAAAAUGAAACUGGAAUUGACUGGGACACAUAUAUUGAAGAUGACAAUCAUAUGGAAGAUGAUUCUUUCAAUGACAGUGACAUAUCAGAAAGUGACGAUGGUGCCAGACAUUUUCAAAGUGAGGCUCAUAAAAAACAAGUGGACAAUAUUCAAUUCUGUGCAAACAGUUCCAUAUAUCAUGCUGAAUCCAAUGACUGUAACUCGAACAACAAUGCCAACCAAACAUUGAAUAAAACAUCAACAGAGACACCCAAAGACAAUGUAACACCAGCAUUCAAUGUAACACUACCAGAGACUGUAACACCCGAAAAGAGUGUAGAAAAUGUUAUAGCUAAGAACAAUGUAAUGGCAACAUGGAAUGCCACACCAACAGAGACUGUCACACCUAGAGACAACACAAACAUUGAAUGUAAGGCCAAUACAAGACACUGA